AUGAGGAGGAAGGUCUCCAAACCUCAGAUGGAGAAACGCAGACGGGAGCGGAUCAACCACAGUCUGGAGACGUUACGACUUCUGGUGCUGGAGAGCACAAACAGUGAGAAAUUAAAGAAUCCAAAGGUGGAGAAGGCUGAGAUCCUGGAGAGUGUGGUGGAGUUCCUGAAGACAGAGAGGGACACGAAGAAGGGUCACCAGGCCGUGAAGACGAUCUUGUCCAGCAAGGAGAGGCCAAGCUGCUCCCGCCAGCAGAGCUACCAGGACGGCAUGAGGUCCUGCCUGCUGAGGGUCAGUCAGUUCGUAGCCAGCAAGAGCCAGGAGGACACCGGAGGAGGUGCAGUUCAGGCUCCAUUUGUGCUUCCUGAGCCCCAGACUCAGUCCUCCGCUCCGGGACUCAUCCACAUCCAUUCUGCCGGGGCUUCAGCAGCUCUGUCUCCUCAGCACCACAGCCUCCCCUUCAGCCACAGCAGCGGCCUCCGCUGUGACACCGGCAGGCUGCUGCCCUCCACGGCCUCCACACACAUGACUGAUCCGGUGUGGAGGCCUUGGCCCUGA